UCGUCGAUGUUCUGUAAGGCUACAUGUAUUAUAAAUCUAUGUAGACAGUGGUGACAUCCUAAUCUAACAAAACAUUUCAGAACUGAUAAAGAGGAUUUUAUUUCGACAUGUCUACCAGUGAUCAUAAAGUGAUUAUUAGAAAUCUUACGAAAAGUAAAAGCAUCAGUGAUUCGAACUUAAAGGAUUCAAUAUUUGAAUUACUAAACAUGUGCAUAAAGAUAUCGACUUUGAGAAACUGUAUAAAGAUAAAAAAGGAAAAGAAGCAGAGGUGUGCCGUAAUUAUUCUUAGAAAUCCAAACGAAGUAUUUGAAGUAUUAGACCGCUUAAAGAACCGGCGAAGCAGAAAAACCCUUGGAUUCGACUUUCAGAGCCUUGCAGAUAAAGAUGUAGACAUUGACGUUGAAAUGGAAUUGCCUGAAAGAUACUAUCGAAAAGGUCAAUAUAUAGGCAGAGAAACUAGACAAAUGGAAUUCAAACUAGGUGGAGGAGAAUAUGUCAGAAAAUAUUUGAGGGAAGAUGUGCUUAAAUAUGUAUGUGGGUAUCUAAACGGAAGAACCAAAGGAACUCUGUUCAUUGGUGUAAAUGAUGAUGGCCAUGUUGUUGGUGUCAAUUGUGAAGAAGAAGAUAAAAUUCGUCGAGAGUAUAUCGACCAAAGCAUCAGAGCAAUAAAACCACCUGUCGAUAAUAAAGACUAUACCGUAGAGUUUAUUCCCGUGGAAGUGAAUGGAAAACUAAGAGCCAAUUGUAAAGUAAUUGAAAUAACGGUCUACAAGAAAAAACAACUCAAUAGACUUUUUGACAGUAAAGGUCACGUGUAUAUGAGACGUGAAGGCAGUGUAUCAGAUUUUACCGCGGCUGAAGUACAGGAUUGGAUUUUUCAGAAUCGUCCAUCAAAAAAGUGCACUUUGUUAUGAUAUUGGGAUAUCAAAAGAACAGUGCUAAGUUGGAUAACAACGUGCUUUAGACC